AUGCCACCUCCACCGUCUCCUCUAUCUACCGUCCCCGUGCUCCUCCUGAAAACGCGGUCUCACCCACAUGACGCUUACGAAGAGUACUUCUCCACAACACCGGUUACGACGACACCAACAGCUACCACAGGAGAGGACGAAAGGGCCACGUCCUCGUUUUCCUUCGUCCCCCAGUUUGUUCCUGUACUCGAACACCGGCCUAAUACCGAGAGCUUGGGAGCGCUGAAGCGGGCGCUGCAAAGCGGAACGCUGGGCCAGCAGUAUGGCGGGAUGAUCUUUACGAGCCAGAGGGCUGUUGAAGCGUGGGCGGAGGUGGUUAAGAGUGUAGAGCGAGAACUACCGCCAACAGAGGACAGAACAACGGAGCUGGACAGUUUUGAACAAGAACGCACGAUACAGGUCUUCGGGCCUGGGACUGGUGUGAUUGGGUCUCAGCCUGGAGCGAAUUCAGGCGAGGCAUCGCAGCAUGUGACUGAUUCAGAGCAUGUAGACGACGACUUCUCCUUCCCCCUCUACACGGUCGGCCCAGCGACCUCGCGCGCUCUGAACACGUUAGUUGCGGAGUCUAGUACCACCACCAAGAAGGCAUCCCCGUUCACUCGUCUCCGCCCUUCCGUCCUAGGUGCACAAACAGGCACCGGCGGCAACCUUGCACAGUACAUUCUGUCGCACUACAAUGGGCUGGAUGACCGGAAGCUCUACACUCAUCACGACUCGUGGAGAUGGCCGGUCACGUCUACCCUUGGACCUACGAGGGGUGAGCCUCGCAGUGAUGCAGCCAAGGAUGACGAACGCGAGCGCCUGCGGAAAAAAGGGCUGUUGUUCCUCGUUGGCGAGCAGAGAAGAGACAUUAUUCCUAAGACAUUAAUGGAUGCCAAAGGGAAACUGGCCCCGCAACAGCGGAUCGCCGUCGACGAGGUCGAAGUCUACGCCACAGAUGUCGUAGGAUCGUUCGAGGACGAUUUCACGCUGAGGCUCAGCUCGUUCAAAAGUGAAGGACACAAGGUCGUGGCGGUCGUGGUUUUCAGCCCUCAGGGGUGCGAGGCUAUGCUCCGCGCGCUCGGCUUUAUUGACGACACGCACAAGCUGACAGAAAGCGCGGUGAACAGAUGGAACGCCAUACCGAGACCCUGCGCUGUCCCAGACCAAGAGGAAGAGCAGAGACAGCUCUACGUCGUCGUCACCAUUGGGCCAACCACUAGAGACCACCUCAAGACCAAAUUCGGCUUCGACGCGGACGUAUGUGCUGUGAAACCGAGUCCACAGGGUGUGGGCGAGGGACUCAAGGCAUUUCUACACAGCAAAGGCUUGGUAUAA